CUCAUCUCAUCACUCUCUCCGCGACCUCGUCCGCGCUCUUGAUACCCAUCCAUCCACUGAUCACCGACAUCCCGACGCCGAGACCAAAGCUCGAAAGCUCCAAGCACUCCGAGGGCCGCCCCGCCGCCCGUACCUCAGCCCCGACGAUCGCGGAGUCAGUCCACUUGACAUCCGUUAGCUCCGAUCACGUGCAUCCAGCCGUCCCGCUUGCUGUCCUCGAUCCCACCAGUCGUCUCACACGUACACCACUCCGGGUCCUCACUCUCCCCGUCUCCCUUUCGCUCUCCCCAUCGCCACGCUCGAUGCCACCAGCCCCGCCUAUUCCGCCACCAGGCGGCUCCGCCGCCGAAGCCGUACGCCCCUAUACCUACAAGAAGCGCCCAUACGCGCAAGCCUGUCUCGCAUGUAAGGCGCGCAAGAUCCGCUGCGUAGAAGCCGACAACCCGCCAUGCAAGGCGUGUCGAACGGCACGCAUCACCUGCGAGUUUCCUGAGCGCUCCGUCCGGCGGCGGCGAAGCACAGCGGCGCCGACAGCGCCAAGCGCAAGCGACGUCGAGAGCGCGGCAAGCGCGAUCGAGCGCCGCCUCGAGAGACGCCUGCAGCGCAUCGAGGAGGCGCUGCGGCUCUCGCCUCCGCGCCGGGGACAACGGGAAUCGAGCAUGAAGUCCGACGGCGACAGUAGUAGCGAGGAGGAGCUCGAUCCGCCGCGGUUCACGCUCGGCGGCGCCGAAAUGCCUGUAUAUCAUGGCGAGACGUCCAUGCACGAGGACGCGGUCGCGCUCGAUCCGUCGCCCAAGACGAGCAGCUCGGCGCCGACAAACAAGCCAAGCGUGGAUGCGAGCCAGUGGACUCAGGAGGACAUACGCGCUCUCACACGCCUCCGGCAUAAGUACGCUACAGCCGACGAAGGUGAGGCCCUCAUGGACGCGUACUUUACCUGGGCGUCGCCGUCUACGGCCGUGGUCAACCGCCGCCUCUUUCUCCGCGACAUGGCCGUCAACGGCCCAUACUUCUCCGAUCUCCUCCUCCUCGUCAUGUACCGAUCGGGACUGCGCUUCUCGCCCAACCUCAGCGAACAGGAGCGCACCAUCCGCUCCGAGCGGUACAUGAACCUCAUCAUGCAAAUGAUCGCCGAAGAGCUGAGCAAGCCGAGCACAAUCGUGACGACGCAGGCAUUGUUGUCCCUCGCAGGCACACAAUCCGCCCGCGGCGAACACACCCAAGCGUGGAUGUUCACGGGCAUGGCGAUCCGCAUGAUCCAGGACCUCGGCAUCCACCUCGCGAUCGACGAGCCGUCUCUCGACGCCAACAUGGACCAGGAGACGCGCGACGUGCGCGUGCGCCUCUACUGGUCCGCGUACUGCUGGGACAAAAGCAUCUCGCUCGCGAUGGGCCGCGAGCCGGCGCUCACGAUGCGGAGCUACACCUCCCCGCCCGCGGUGCUGCUCAACGAAAGCGACGACGACUGGGAGUGGCGCCCCUUCUUUCCCGGCGGCGGCAAUCUGGACCUCGUGCUCCGCUACCCACGCACCACGAGCAUGACAAACUAUGUGCUGCGCUACUAUGUGGUGCUGAACCAGAUCCUCGAGGAGAUCCUCGUGAACAUGUACUCGCCGCACCGGCCGCAGGCGCGCUCCGUCACCUUCAUCCGGCACGCGGACGAGAAGCUGAAGAAGUGGUGGGACGAGCUCCCGCCCGCGCUCAAGCUCGACAAGGCGCGCCUGCCCGAGUUCUGCCCGCCGACCAACAUCACCCUCAUGAACCUGCUGUACCACUGCGCGCGCAUUCUGCUAUACCGUCCGCUGUUGACGGUGCGCGCGCAGCCAGCGGGCGUAACGACAUCCCUCGAGAUCUGCCGCGGCGAAGCCAACGACAUCCACACCAUCCUCUCCCUCUGGGGCCGGACGUACGGGAACAUCAACAUGGUCUAUCUCAUCAUGUACACGACGUUCGUCGCCGCAGGCGUCGACGUCAUCCUGCUCCGCAUCGCGGACGAGCGAACGCGCGAAGAAGCUCUCGAGCGCGUACACCUCUCCCUGUCUAUUCUCGAGCAGGUGUCGGGUCAAGGACCCGGCAUCCGGCGCGGCAUCAGUAUCAUUGCGUCCCAGCUCCAGGCCGCCAUGCAGCGGCAUUACGCGCCGUCGAACGGCGCCGGCUUCGCCGAGAGCGCGAUGCGCAAUAGCGCGCCCGAUAAGGGCAACGCGACGCCCGUCGCGCAGCCGCCCCCGCUCGACGCGCUCACCGGCGCCGGGUUUAACGACCCCCUCGCGCCCAUCACGUUCCAGUCGCCGGCGCUUUUCGACGACCCGCAGGCCCUCGCAGACUUGCUUGGCGAGAGCAACGUGUGUACGGACGACCCGUUCGCGUUCCUCACCGCCGACGGGUGGGACGAGAUGCGUUUGGCGACGUAGUUAGGUCGGAAGAGGAGAGGUGAGCAGAGAUAGGAUCAGCGAGUGGGCGGAGGAUUAGGUCGGGUGGGCACAUCGAGAUAGUUGUAUAGAUGCAUUUGGGUUUUGCGAUCG